UCUUGGUAAAUCAAUAGUUGGUGGUACCGAACGGAACUUCGUAAAUAUUGCGCGAAACAGCCAAUGGUGGCGCAGAAUCCAUGUUCUGUUUCAUUUUCCCACUCCGAAAUUGAACAUUCCAAAGGCCGGUCUCCUCCUUCUCGGUGUUCUUUGUUGUCGCUCGCCGCACCCAACAAAACAUAAAAAUGCUGUCCGCCGCCAGAUUGAUCGCCCCUGCAGCCAGGUCUGCCAUCUUCAACAACACAGCCCUCCUGAGGCCACUGGCUGCCGUGCCCCAGCAGUCCCAGCUGGUCCCCGCGGCGCCUGCACAGCUCUCGGCAGUCCGCUCCUUCCAGACCACCUCGGUGACAAAGGACAUUGACUCCGCCGCCAAAUUCAUUGGUGCUGGCGCAGCGACAGUAGGAGUCGCCGGAUCCGGUGCUGGUAUCGGAACGGUGUUCGGUUCCCUCAUCAUCGGCUACGCCAGGAACCCCUCCCUCAAGCAGCAGCUGUUCUCAUACGCCAUCUUGGGCUUCGCCCUGUCCGAGGCUAUGGGUCUCUUCUGUCUUAUGAUGGCCUUCCUGCUGCUCUUCGCUUUCUAAGCUACUUACUUUUAAGAACACUACUGCCAUCCUAAAUAAUGAGGUUUCAGUGUAUACAACCGGGAGUGAACGGCCGUGGAAUCAGAAUGUGUGGAGACCUCAACCUAAUAGUGAUGCAAGGACUGAUAUAAGUGUUACACUCGAUGCAAAUCAGUGUGCAUCAUCAGGAAUGCAAUUUUAUUUAAUUAUGUAGUAUAUUGAUGAAAAUAAUCUGCAAAUAAAAUGUUGUACGUAAACAUUACACUGCAACUACUGUUAUUUCUAUUCCUGAUUUUGGUAGACUGUUAUUCUGAAUCAUGUUAUGCAUAGGUGCACAGAAUGUCUGUUAAAAGACGGUGAUAAUAUUAUUUAAGCCAGUGACGUAAUUUUUUUGCGUGUACGUAUUGUCAUCGACUUUUAUCAAGUGUCUCUGUAUACUAAUAUCUUGUUCAAGAAUGUCGGCAUCUUGUAAAUGUACAUUUUAGGGCAAUUAAAGGAUAAAAACCAUUAUUUCUGA